CUUCACGCUGCCAUUUCCUCAUCUUACCUCUGUAAUGAACUUCAAAUUACUACAACUGCAUUACACUUAAGCUGCAUUCCCCUCCAACACCCUCAAUGGACCAAGAGCAGCUGAGCUUUCAGUCCCACAGUUUCCAGUGAAUCCAUGGCAAUGCAGGACAAGACCAGGUUGGACGGGCAGGAGAAAUCAGUGGGAGAGAUCAAUGAUCCACGAGCACUGUGCCCUGAAGGCUCCCUGGAAGAGUCGCCACUGGCUAAAAGAAGUCCUAAUAAAAGUUAUCGGGAAGCUGUACAAAAGAGAACUUUCACCAGAUGGAUGACUGUCUUUCUGCAGAGAUGUGAGCCUCCGGUUGAGGUGCAUGACCUCUUCACAGACAUCCAGGAUGGCAGAGUGCUGAUGGCCUUGCUGGAGGAAUUAUCAGGCUGCAAACUAGUUUACAGGUUUAGGCCGUCAUCUCACCGUAUUUUCAGACUGAACAACAUUGCCAAGGCGCUGGCUUUCCUGGAUGAUCGGCAUGUCAAGUUGCUUGGCAUUGAUGCCUCUGGUAUUGCUGAUGGCAUCCCCUCUGUUGUUCUUAACCUUGUCUGGAACAUUAUUCUAUAUUUCCAGAUAAAGGAGGCGACAGGAGGCCUCCAGAGACAUUAUUCCUCCAGCCUCUCCUCCUUAUCCAUGAGCAGUUACGACUCCUCCGGUGACCUCUCACCUUUGUCCAUCAACACCAGCCCGUAUUCUAGCAGCACUUUGCCGACUAAAGGCAGAAAAGCUGCCAGAACAGAUAAGUACCAUGGGAAAGUGAUCAAGAUGCUCCUGCUCUGGGUCCAAAGAUGCACAUCAAAGUUUGGGGUGGAGGUGCGUGACUUUGGGAAGAGCUGGAGGAGUGGACUGGCCUUCCUAGCUUUGAUCAAGUCUAUAGACCCAGCCUUGGUUGACCUGAGGGGCAGCCUGACCAGAGAACCCAGGGAGAUCAUACAAGAAGCCUUCAUGAUAGCUCAGCACAGUUUUGGCAUCCCACCUCUCCUCGAGCCUGAAGAUGUGACAUGCACUUCACCAGAUGAGCGGUCCAUCAUUACCUAUGUGUCUAUGUUCCUGCAGCAUUAUUCAGCUGUUAAUGAGGAUGACACAACAGAUAUUGAAAUGACAGCAAAUAUUCCUGGGAUCCCAAGUUUUUCAUCACUUGAGUCGAUCAGCUUUGGAGAGACCGAUUCUCAUGCCCCAGAAGCUCAAGCCAUACUGAAAGAUCUGGAAAAAAACAGUGAGCAGCUACUGUGGACACGCUGGUCCAGAAGAUCUUCAGGGGGACCCCGUGCCACCUUGGUUCAUCAGCCAGUUACUUCUGAUCUGUCAAUGUCAUCACAUAAUCUCCAAAGCAGCAUUGAUCAAACUGUGGAUCGUACCACCACCUCACAAUACAAAAAACGGGGGUCUCUUGGUGUCUUCCAACCAAUCAGUCCAUUGGACAUUGGCAAUGUUGACCAGGACAUCCGGUUGUGGAUGGAGAAAGCCUCCGCAGAUCAGAGAUCCAGCAAGCAGAGAACAGAUGAGGGUAAUUUUUCCCUGAGCUCCGAGGAAGGGAUCUACAGCUUGUCAACAUUGGACUCAGAUGAGGAAGAUGCCUACAACUACAUCCUGGAUCUGAACAAAGAUGUUUUCCAAUCGUAUAAUCAACUUAAUAGACAAGCGCCAAAGUUUAGAGGGGGAAUAACAGAAGAAGUGAUCUCAAAACCACAGCUGACAGGGGAGUUAAAACGUCAAAAUGAAUCAAAGGUGUUACUGGACAGUGGAUCUGAAUAUUGCUUCCGAAAUCAGGAGAAGUUGCAUACACAGAACGGCGACUUUAAAAGGGAAGCUGAGGAUACGGCUAAGUUAAUGGAUCAGGGGAGCACCGACAUGGAGGAAAGUGCAAAUAGUUUUCAGAAUGAACGGCGGAGGAUUAGAGAGGCCAAAAGAUCCACUGAGACGGAAAACAAUAGAAAGAUGUUUGAUAUGGAAGAACAGUCAGAGGGUGAAGGCAGAAGCAAAGAGGCAUCUGAGGAGGAGGGAGAAAGAGUUGUGAGGGAGCAGAAUAAUGAUGCCAAUUAUGAGGAGAAAGAGAAGGUGAAGGAGGAGAAGAGAGAAAGUGGUACAUUUGUUAGGCAGGGUGAUGGUGAAAGAGAGACACCGCUAGAAAAAUCAGAGAAUGAAGAGUAUUUUGAAGUUGCGAGGUGGGAGAAGGAAAAUUUUGGACAAGCGGGGGAAAUGAGGGUAGCAGAGAAAGAGGCGGAGGAACAACAUUUGUUAAAGUUCAAAAAAGUGGAGGAGGAUGGAAAGGCAGGGAAAGGGGAGGAGGGAGACGAGACGUUAGAAGACAAUGUUAAAGAGGAAAAGGGGGCAGAGGAGCAGAUAGUUAUGAGUUUGGAAAGUUUCAACAUGGAAAACCAGGAAACAUUCACAAAUGAGUCUGUGAAUGAGGUCAGAGGGACAACUGCGGUUAGGGUUAACACAGGUGAGGCAACCGCUGCUGGAACUGAAGAUAUAACCAAGGUGGAGGAAGAAGAUGUACGCAGGGACUAUGGAGAUGUAGAGCAAAAGGAACAUUAUAAUGAAGUUAUGAACGCAAAGGAUUUCAAGGACAUUACUACAGUGGAGAAGGACAGGGAACUGGAAAAUAAAAAACACAGGACUGUAACAGAGGAGAAGGGAACAGCAGCAGGUCAUCCUGUCAUCCAGAAUUUCACCAAGACAGGUGUUCAUCCUCAAAAUGAUGGUAAAAAUAAUCCAGAUUGGACUUCUGCAUGCAGUGCUACCCCUCAGUCAUUCAGUGAGGGAGGCGUGAUUCUCCAAACUUUGGCAGCCUCUUGUGAAGUAACCCCAUUAGAGCUGGAGUUGCUCUUAGUCCUGUGGAUCCUGCUCUACUGCUACUUCAUCUUACCUCAAAUGAACCCUUGAGUUCCAGUCCAUUGUUCCCUUCUUGCUAAGACAUGCUCAUUAGCCUAGUUUCCACUAAUGAGCCAAACAGGGACACCUAGGGCCUGACUCAUGCUUUAUCUAUGUCUCUAAAUUUCCCCCAAGACAACAAUUAAUGAUUAUGUUUGCUUCUUACUGCCAGCAGAAAUGAUUUCUUACCUGGACCGUAUUUUCACAUAAACACAUAAUGCUAUUAUCCUCAUGUUAUACAGAGUUUUAGUUGGUCUAGUAAGCACCACUAUUAAGCUAUUCCUCUGAAUUGCGAUUGCAUGCUCUUAAACUUUCACAUGCACAAACUACUAUAUUAGAGUUUGACUUGAGUUUAUACUCAGUGA